AUGGCGAUAGACAGGGUGGGGGCGGUGGUCAUAGCGACGAGGCAGGGAGGCAACGUCGUGUACGAGCGCUUCUAUGAGCCGUUCAGUGAGCCGGAGAAGGGGGAGCUGCGAGAGGCCAUGCACCAAGCCACCGCCCACCAGCCGCCCGACAGUGCUGACGAGGCCCUUGGCCAGUACAGGAGUGGGCGAAUUGUUGCGGUGCCGACUGGCGAGCUCUGCUUCUAUGCGGUUGGGCAUGGGGAGUAUAAUGAGCUGGCAUUGUCGGAGAUUCUGAAUGCUCUCAUCAACAUCUACAAACAGCUGUACAGAGUGGCUGUCAUACAAGCAAAUGCCACCAGCAAGUCACACCGCGGAAAGUCGCUGAGAGCGAACGGCACUCAGCAGGUCCCAGCGCGCAAGCCUGAGGCCAGCCCCCGCAUUAACGUCAUCAGCCCCGUCAGUCAGUGGCCUGAGGGCAUCCCACCGGCGAUGGGCGGUCACUUCAUGGAGUCUGGUGCGGCUGCACCCCUGUCCCAGUCUCGCGGCCCGGGCAUCGACACCACCCCCCCGAUCUACACCUACCCCCAUGGCGAUGUGGACGUGAGCGUGGUCAUCCACGAGACCAGCGACCAUGCCGCAAAGGGCCUUGCGGACCUCGUCGCCCAGGCAUCCGCCGCUGCGAUCAAGGCGCACGGCGCCUUCACCGUCGCCCUGUCUGGCGGCAGCCUGGUGAAGAGCCUGGCCCCCCUGGCAGACCGCUCCGACAUCGAUUUCUCCAGGUGGCACGUGCUCUUUGCCGACGAGCGCAACGUCGCCCAUGACUCGCCGGACUCCAACCUGCUGGCGGCGCGCGAGGGCCUGCUCUCCAAGAUCCCUGUGCCGGCCAAGCAGGUGCUGGCCAUCCGGGAGGGGGUCGGCGCGGCGCUGGCGGCCACCCACUACGCCGGCCUCCUGCUCAACCUGGGGCCGGGGGUGCUGCCCGUCACCGAUGAUGGCCAGCCCCGCAUCGAUCUCGUUCUGCUGGGUGUGGGCCCCGAUGGACAUGUGGCGUCCAUCUUCCCAAACACGCCAGAGGCCAGGGACUCCCCCGACUGGGUGCUCCCCAUCACCAACUCCCCCAAGCCGCCGCCGGAGCGGAUCACGCUGUCGCUGAGCGCCAUCAACGCGGCGGCAAAUGUCGCCAUCGUCGCCCUGGGCCAGGGCAAGGCCGAGAUCGUGCAACGCGUGCUGGAGGUGCAGAGCCUGCCGGGGGCGCUGCCCGCACAACUCGUCAGGCCCAAGCAUGGCAAGCUGACCUGGGUGCUGGAUGCUGAGUCAGCCAAGGAGCUGCACGUCGCCGACUGGGACCUGUCUGGGCGGAAGAGCCCCUUCCACAGAAGCGCGGUCCCCAACCUUUGA